AUGCAAUUUCCUGCUUCAGCUCCAACUCAAGGGUAUCCACCUUAUGGUUAUGCCCCGGCACCGUGUUAUCCACCGCCUUCGAAUUGUGGCUACCCUCCUUACUACUCUUGGGGGUAUCCGGCCCCUUAUAACGCGUUCCCCGGGAGUGUUUUUAACGCCGGGGGUAACACGAAUGGGUCCGGUACGCAAGAGAACGGGGACGUGAACGUUGGGAAUAAUAAGGAGAAAUCCGGAGGUGUUGAUAUAGGGAAAAUUGGUGGGAAUCAUGGUAAUACUAAUGGACAACAAGUAGCUGGUGAUGUUACUCUUGGCAACAUUGGUGGUCGUGCUUAA